ACCUGACCAAGGAUGAUGUUGAGUUACGGUGGCCACAGCGGAGAACUUUUAACCGAGAAAAGCUCGUCCAUUUAGGAGGGGCCCUCGAGGAACAGGGCCUCAGCUGGGCACUCUCUACAGACGGUAGAGGGAAAAUUAUUUUCCUCGCCUACAGUUUCCGGUGACCAAGUGAGACCCUCUGGGAUGCCCCGCUCACUCUGGAGCCUGCAGACAGCAACCCGGGAAAACUGGCGAAGCCGACAAAGGGGAGGAAACAUUUAUCCUGCCUCAGAUGAAAUAUCGGCAAGCUCUGUGAACUUACAGCCCAAUCCAAGAUAAACAGGAAUAUGAAAGAUACCUAAGAGUUAAAAAUAUUAUAAGGGAACAUAAGAUUUUUGUUUGCAACAUACUGUUCCUCUGAAGAGUACCAGUUGGAAUCAAGAUCAGAAUGAAUUGCUGCUUAUUGCUGCCUUUUACGUUGGGAAUUCCUCUCCUAUUGCCUUGCCUUAUAGCAACAGAAAACUCUAAAACAGAGGAUGUUAAGCACCCAGCGGGAUCUCAUUUGAGAGUGAGGCGGGGCUGGAUGUGGAACCAGUUUUUUGUACCAGAAGAAAUGAAUAAGACUAGACAUCACAUUGGCCAGCUAAGAUCUGAUUUAGACAAUGGGAACAACUCUUUCCAGUACAAGCUUUUGGGAGCUGGAGCUGGAAGUAUUUUUGUCAUUGAUGAAAGAACAGGUGACAUAUAUGCUGUACAGAAGCUUGAUAGAGAGGAACGGUCCCUCUACACUCUAAGAGCCCAGGUAAUAGACAUCACUACUGGAAGGGCUAUGGAACCUGAGUCUGAGUUUGUCAUCAGAGUGUCGGAUAUCAAUGACAAUGAACCAAAAUUCCUAGAUGAACCUUAUGAGGCCAUUGUACCAGAGAUGUCUCCAGAAGGAACAUUUGUCAUCCAGGUGACAGCAAGUGAUGCUGACGAUCCUUCAAGUGGCAAUAACGCUCGUCUCCUGUACAGCUUACGACAAGGCCAACCGUAUUUCUCCAUUGAACCAACAACAGGAGUCAUAAGAAUAUCUUCUAAAAUGGAUAGAGAACUGCAAGAUGAGUAUUGGGUGAUUAUUCAAGCCAAAGACAUGAUUGGUCUGCCUGGAGCACUGUCUGCAACAACAAGUGUAUUAAUCAAACUUUCUGAUGUUAAUGACAAUAAGCCCAUAUUUAAAGACAGUUUAUACCGCUUGGCUGUCUCUGAAUCUGCAUCUGUUGGGAUGUCGAUUGGAAAAAUCAUGGCAUAUGAUAAUGACAUAGGAGAGAAUGCAGAAAUGGAUUACAGCAUAGAAGAUGAUUCAAAAACGUUCGCUGUCAUUACUAAUAAUGAGACCCAAGAAGGAAUAAUUAUAUUAAAAAAGAAAGUAGACUUUGAGCACCAGAACCACUAUCGUAUUAGAGCAAAAGUUAAAAACCGCCGAGUUGAUGAGCAGCUCAGGAAAUACCAUACUGAAGCUUCCACCACUUUCAUCAAGAUCCAGGUGGAAGAUGUUGAUGAACCUCCUGUUUUCCUCCUCCCGUAUUACAUAUUUGAAAUCUCUGAAGGAAGCCCGUACGGAUCAUUUGUAGGCACCGUCUCUGCCACAGAUCCAGAUCAGAGGAAAUCGCCUAUCAGGUAUUCUAUUACCAGAAGCAAAGUGUUCAGUAUUGAGGACAAUGGUACAGUCUUCACAACUAACCCUCUUGAUCGAGAGAUUAGUGCUUGGUAUAACCUAAGUGUUACAGCCACAGAAAAAUACAGUAUAGAACAGAUUUCUGCAGUCCCUGUGUAUGUGCAAGUUCUCAAUAUCAAUGAUCAUGCUCCUGAGUUCUCCGAAUACUAUGAGACUUACGUUUGUGAAAAUGCAGUCUCUGGUCAGGUGAUUCAGACCAUCAGUGCAGUGGAUAGAGAUGAAUCCAUAGAAGAUCACCACUUUUACUUUAAUGUAUCUGUGGUAGAAAAUAACUCAAGUUUUACAAUCAUAGAUAAUCAAGAUAACACAGCUGUAAUUUUGACGAAUAGAACUGGUUUCAGCCUUCAAGAAGAGCCUGUCUUCUACGUAUCCAUUCUAAUUGCUGACAAUGGAAUCCCAUCACUUACAAGCACAAACACCCUUACCAUACACGUCUGUGCCUGUGGUGACACUGGUAGCACGCAGACCUGCAGUAAUAAGGAUCUUAUGCUUUCCAUGGGAUUCAAGACAGAAGUCAUAAUUGCUAUUCUGAUAUGCAUUAUGAUAAUAUGUGGGUUUAUUUUUUUGAACCUAGGUCUGAAACAAAGAAGGAAACAGACUCUAUUUCCUGAGAAAGGUGAAGACUUCAGAGAGAAUAUAUUCAGAUAUGAUGAUGAAGGUGGCGGAGAGGAAGAUACAGAGGCAUUUGACAUAGUGGAGCUGCAGGGCGGCACGGUCAUGCGGGAACGCAAGACUCGGAGAACCACCAGGGUAGAGAUUCGGAGCCUGUACAGGCAGUCUUUGCAGGUUGGCCCAGAUAGUGCCGUAUUCAGGAAAUUCAUUCUAGAAAAGCUCGAAGAGGCUAACACUGACCCCGGUGCCCCUCCUUUUGACUCCCUCCAGACCUAUGCUUUUGAGGGGACGGGGUCCUUAGCUGGAUCCCUGAGCUCCUUAGGGUCAGCAGCCUUUGAUCAGGAUGAGAACUAUGAUUACCUUAAUGAAUUGGGACCUCGCUUUAAAAGAUUAGCAUGCAUGUUUGGUUCUGCUAUGCAGUCAAAUAAUUAGGGCUUUUUUAUUAAUACAGUUUUUUAAAUGCUAAUGUGUAUUUGGGCAAACUGGUAGUCUCUUGGUAAAGAGUUGUAUACUCCGGUUCUCUGGAAAAAGGAAAAGACCCAAUUUAUGAUGUUUUCUGAUAUUCUUGGGGUAAGUAUCCCAUGGUUUUCAAGCUACCCAUACAUGGUCACCGACUGCAGGUAUGGGAAGUGAAGCUUGCAAUCAGCUCUCAGGUGCCAAUGCAGGCCAGCUCUAGGGUGCCCCUGAAAUACUCCUCUGACAUGUUUUCAAUACCACCCAAUACAAAUUCUCAAAAUUUUUGAAAGUUUAAUGUGAAAAGGACCCUGCACUAGAUUGUCUUAAUAUUAUUUAAUUUAUCCAUUUUUUAAAUCUUACAAAGUAAGAGUGAAGAGUUUAUGUGUGUUAAGCUCCUGAUGCUCUACAGAGACGAACACCUAGGAGAACCUCGGUGGUUAUAUCCAUCUUUUAAAAACGAUUUCUUUUCUAUGAAUAAGCAAGCUUCUGACUGACAGUCUAUGAUUCAUUCUAGUUUGAUAUUUUAAAAAAGUCAUCAAGACCACAUUUUAAAACUGAUUUCAAAUUUAGACAGAUGCUUGGUAUCUGUUAAUUACUCAAAGAUAUAGUGUAAAUUUGUAUUCUCUUUGAUAUUACAGCUUUAUAUAAAAAAAGGGGCAUAGACUUUGUUUAGGAGAUUUUCAUAUGUUAUUUUCUUAUGUAUCCAAAAUACAUCUUUAUCAUGUCACAAUACUAUGACAGAACACAUAUCAACGUUUACUCAACAUGAAAUUUGAACUUUAAGAAAAUGGUAGAAAGUGUGAAAAUUUUUUAAUUUUAGUUUUAGUUUUUGAUUUUUAAUUUUAUUGCUACUAAAAAUAAUAGAAAUACAUGAAAGGAGUACUGCAUUCAAACUGGAGUUAAUAUUCAUCCUAAAUGUUAUGAUCAGCUGCCCUGCUCUUAACAUGCAUAAAAUAAAACAUGAUAAAAUUCUCAGCAUUUCCUUUUUUAUUAAGAGAUUAGACUAUAACUGAUUCUUUGUGUCAUUUUUUUUAUUAUGGAAUAUAAAAUUAGGUGCAAUAGUUACUUUUAUUGUAACAUUAUGAAGGAAGUAUGCUAAGCUGAUGGACAUAAAGCUUUAAGGUAACAUUAGAUAGUAAGAUAAUAAAACACUUUAAUUUUAAUCAACCUUAUAAGAAUGAUUCUUAUUAUUCUAUCCAAAUCAAAGUGGAAUUCAAAAUUCACAGGUUGAACAGAAAGAAAGUAAUGAAUACUGUGUCCUCAAAAUAGCUUUAUGUGUUCAUUUUUUAUUAAUAGCAUGUGAAACUGAGCUGAACCAAAUUGACCAUAUAUGUUCUAAUCAAGUAUUUCAAAUAAUUUUGAGCUAAAGUUGGAGUAGUUGAAUGGCUACAAUAUUCUUUUCUCUGUACUUUAAGACAAUACCAUCCAUACCAUGUAAUAGAAGAGAAUUUUUUCAUCAGUAUCAAUCAGGUACCAUUAUGUCAGCAACAGAGAUAUCACCAUUUUACAAAGGCCUGAGAAAAUCAGACUUGAAAUACAACAAUUUAGGAAGAUAUUAAAUGUAGUAGAGAGGACAUAAACUGUAGUAAAUCCUUGUAUAUUCAUAUCAUUAUUUACUUAGGGAAAAGUAAGAACAGUAAACAAAAGAAAAUUCAAAAAGUGUAAAAACUUGCAAGUAAAAAAAUGUAUGGGUUGAGAGAACAUUUAUAUCAUAUUGACAUAAAAAUUGAAAGAGUAUAGUUAGGGAAAUUUUCCUGAAUUAUUCCAUGAAUGGCUGUGCCCUGUAUUUAGAAAAUAGUGCUAUAUAAUCUUGGUUGAAGAACUGGAAUGUAUGGUAAACAGCAGAUGAAGCAAUCCAUGGGAAAUAGAUUAGAAAAAAAGAAAUAGGGUCUUCUGAGGCUUGCAGUUAGUUCAGUCAUGAAUGACAGCCUUAUAAACAACUUAUCAACUUGGAUGAACACCUUAUAAAAAUGCAGUAUCUGCAUCACUAAGUUUAAUGUUUGAGUCCAGUGGCACUAAGCAGAUGUGUUAAAAUAAAUUCUGGUUUAGUUAAUGAUAAGAUUGUCAAUCAUAGGGUACAUAGGAAAGGAGAUUCAGGGCUGGAUACCUAUUUGCUAGUCUAGAAAGUGUCCUUUUAAACUAUAUCAAGAAAAUACUAUCUGAUUCUAGUAGAGAAGUUGCAAUUUUCUAGAAAUUAUACUUGGUAAUAUUUCAAUAACUAUUUUAACCUUUUUUUCUAGUCACACAGCUGUUGCAAGAACACAGCUGUAUCCUAAGCUAAAGACAUGACAUUAAGGUCUCAUUUUCCUAAAUUUUAAUAAAGAUAAAUCAAUGUGAGGAUAUUUAUGAAAUAGCACAGCUUCGCAUUAAUACCUGCACUACUUAAAUAGCACCCUUCAUUAACUUACAGGUUUAUGUGUAAGUCUUAAAUUGCUAGUGGUUGAAACAGGAAAAUAUUGAAAUCCUUUAUAGGGAUCAGAAAAUGUUAGCAAUACUAGUUGUUCACUAAGCACAUAGCUUGAGCCUAUCAGAUCUGAGUUUGAAUUAGUUCACUUUUAUUUAAAUAACUGUGUGAACUUUAUCGAACUAAUCUUUCCGUAUCUGAGGUUGUGAUCGGUAAAACGAGGUCCAGUCUACCUAUUUCACACAAUUGUUGUGAAGAAUAAGUAAAACAGGAAGCACACGUAGUACUAGACAAAACGCAAGAGUUAAAUAACAGCCCAACAUCGUAACAGCUGACAUUAUUCUGCUGGAAUGCACAGAUCCCUUUCUUUUCUAGCACUGAGUGAUCCCAAGGGCUUCACAGCGCAUUUGAAAUAUAAAUUAGUUUUCUGACCUGACAUACAAGGUCAUAUAUUAUGCUGUGUCUGCUUAUCUCUGUGUGCUCUGACCUCUUCUAAUGCCAUGCUCUAGGCCUGAAGCAAUCUUCCUCCAAACAUUUCUAUUUUUCAUUCCCUCACUUCAUUCAAGUCAGUGAUCAAUUGCAACUUCCUCAGAAAGGCCUAAAGGACCACUCUCUGCCACUGUGUCCCUUGCUCUGCCUUUCUUUGCAUCAAAUCACUCAGCUACCUUGUAGCAAGUACAUUAUAUAUAUGUUACUUGUUAUUGCCUUUAUCCUUUAUUAGAAUGUAAACCCUAAUUGGGCAAGGGGUUGUCUGACUUUUCCAUUUGUUCUUGUCUAAAAUUGUUUCUAGCGCAUGGUAUGUGACCAAUAAAUAUUUCUUAAAUGAAUGUAAUAAUGAAUCCCAAUCUAUUUUACUUGGUCCUGUAUAGAAGCCAUAUUGACAUUGUUGAAUAUUAAUGUGAAAUUAAUGUAUUUUUCAAAGCAGGUUAGCACUGGGUAG